AUGCGAGUUGUGAAGGAGUGGCGAACCUUGUUCGUGGGCGCGAACAACUCGGCGUUCGUGUUCGAUCUCGAUCGAACUCUAGAAUCCUCGACGGCUACGAAGUUAGACUGGAUGCCGGACUCGGUCGCCAAAAAGGAGUGCAGAUUGAAAGGGAAGGAAGAACACGACUGCCAGAACUAUGUGAAAAUCGUAACUCCGGAUUUAACGAACGGUCGAGUGUUGAUCUGCGGAACCAACGCUCAGAAACCGAUGUGCAUUCAUGCCGAGAUGUCGAACUUGGAGAGUGGUUGGAGGAGAAGGAACGCGACGGACGGUCUGUACAAUUGUCCGUUCGCCGUUGAUCAAAAGGUAACUUCCGUCUUUGCGGAGGGUAGCCUGUACGCCGGGACGGUAGCCGAUUUCAACGGCAGGGAUUCCGCACUGACGAGGUCGAUGGGCAACGCCGUUCCUCUCAUAACCAAGAGGCACGAUUCGUUGUGGCUGAAUCACCCGAAAUUCGUCGGUUCGUUUGUAGAGGGAAAAGAAGUGUUUUUCUUCUUCCGAGAAGUUUCCGUAGAAAACUGCGAAUCGCUCGCGUUUGCACCGACGACAAGGGAGGCAGAACGAUACUGGACUCCAGCUGGACGACUUUUCUGA